GCGCUGCCCAAUCUGAUGCGGCCGCUUGGGUCUGGAGGCGGGACCAGGCGCUUAGCUUGGCUUUCCAUUAGCUUCUGGUGCGGGCUCCGCUCCCUCAGACAGCCCCUGCACUGCGGACCCGCCUCCGCCUACCGCCGGAUCACGGGAGCUUAGAGCGCAGAGCUCCGCCCGAGCAAGCUCCGCCUGCCCCUCUCUUUCACAACCUUCCCUGGAGGCCCCGCCCCCUCAGCCUCCCUUGGCAACCGUCUCCGGGAAGGCUCCGCAGGCUCCGCGCGCCCCGCCUCCUCUGCUCUCAACGCAGCCUCCGGCCCCGACCUCCCAGGAUGCAGCGCGCGGGCGGGAGGUUUGGAGCCGAGGGACGCUGCGCCCGCCUGGGGCGUCGGGAACGUGGCGCCUGUCGGACUCAGGACGCGCGGGCUCAGGCUUAAAAGCAUCAAUUGGAAUCAAUUUGCAUUCGAAAAUUGGACCAACACGAAGACUUGAUAUUGUGGAAUGACUAGAAAACAAUGUCAUCUAACGAACAAGAAAGGCUCUUGUGUUAUAAUGGGGAAGUCCUUAUUUUUCGAUUGUCUAAAAGAGAUGUUGCAGGUAAAGGGCCUGCAGAAAUACCCAUGUUACAAGUCAGGAGAAUGGUAUUUGACAGAGGAACAAGAGCUUUUAUUCAGAAGUCCACUGGAUUCUUUAUGCUAAAGGAAGAAAACUCUCAUUUAAAAAUUGUGUGUUGCAACUGUGUGUCAGAUUUCAGAAUUGGAAUUAAUCUUCCUUAUGUUAUGAUACAGUGCAAUAAAAAGAACACUUUCAGAUAUGUUCUUCUGUUUCUUCACAGUACCAAUAAAUUUGAAAAACGUUUGAGUUUUAGACUAAGCCAUGAGUUGAAGGAUGGUGUAAGGGUCCUUAAUGGCCCUUUAGUUUUAUGGAAACGUGCAGAAAAAUUCUACUGUAUCUCUUCUCUAAAUGGCAAAGUUAUGACUGUGUCUGUUAAUUUUUCCUCUGUUCAGUGGGCAGGGGAGAUUGAAAAUCUAGGUAUGGUGUUAUUAGGACCAAAGGCAUGUUUUUUAUCUGAGGAAGGAUGCACCCAAAAGCUUUCAAAAUCGGAUUAUGCAAUUUGGAAGACCACAUUUUGUGUAUACUCCCUUGAAAAUGAAGAAGUCAUAAGUGAUGCAUACAUUAUCCCUCCUGCUUAUAGCAGUGUGGUAACUUGUGUGCAUGUCUGUGCAACUGAGAAUGUCAACAACCAGUUAAGAAUGUCUCUGAUUGCCCUUACUCGAAAGAAUCAACUGAUUUCAUUUCAAAAUGGGACGCCAAAAAGCGUGUGCCAGCUUCCCUUUGGAGAUCCUUGUGCAGUUCAGCUUAUGGACUCAGGUGGAGGAGAGCUUUUCAUCGUAUCCUUUAAGUCCAAUGACAUUUGUGCUGUUUGGAAAAAGAACUUUCAGGUUGCUGCUAAGUGGGAAAAAAUUAGCUCAGUACUGAUAGAUGACUUCAUAGGAGCUGGAACUGAACAAGUACUGUUACUUUUUCAGGACUCCUUGAAUUCAGAUUGCCUGAGUUCAUUUACAGUAACAGAUCUUGGCAACAUAAACUAUUCAAGUGAAACAUUGGAUUGCAAUGAAGAUGACUUAUUUGAAGACAAAGAAGGGAAUCAUUAUUUGAUGAUUCCACCUCUGGAAAGAAGAUUGAAAGUUGGAUUGGCUUCUAUUCAGGAAUUAAAGCAGCAUCUCUUGCUUAAGGAAAAAAUUAUUUCAAAAUAUUGGAAAAUUUUAAUAAACCUGAUUCAAGGGAAAGAUGAAAGUACAUCAGCUGCAGAGAAGGCACAUCUUGUUACUCUUUGUGGUAAAGAAGAAAACCCUGUCUGCACCUUUGAGGAAAAGAUACCAGAUGAUUUUCAAGAUUCAGAACGGCUAAUAGAGAAGAUAUGGUACCGUGUAAUAGAUGAUAGCUUGGUUGUUGGAGUGAAAACGACAUCUUCUUUGAAGCUGUCCCUGAAUCAUGUGACUUUAUCACUGGUAAUGGAUCAAGCUCAUAGCUCCAGCUGUCGGCUUAUUAAGUGUCACAAUAGGGUGAUCAAGUUGAGUAGGGAUUUUCCCCCAGCAUCACGCUCAGUGCCAUGUGAAAUAGGAUCAGAGGCAAAAAGGAUCAAGUUGACUAUUGAUAGUGAGGAAGAGGGAGAGGAAGAGGAAGAAGAAGAGGAGAAGGAUGAGGAAAGCUCUGCUGGAGAACAAGCAUCUGAGAAAGAGUGUGUGCAAGUCAUUACUGCUGUAACACCUUUUUCACCACUUUUAGCAUUCAUUGAUUUCUGUUGCAUUGUGCUGCUACAAAUUAGGGAGAGGGAAAAUGGUAACUCUUCUGAAGAUCAUUAUAUUUGGUGUGGCAGACUUUUCAUAAGUCUAGAAGAUCUUUCAAGUAGGAAAUACCUGCUGACAUUUCCAAAGAAGAAACCUAUAGAACACGUGGAAGAUCUCUUUGCACUUCUCACAGCAUUUAACAGAGCUUGUUUUCAAAUCACAUCGCCCACCUAUUCUCUGACUUCAAUGAAGACGUGGCUACUAGAACACAUGAAAUGUGAAGUAAUCCAAGAAUUUCCAGAAAUUUGCUUUUGCAAAAGGCCAGGAAGUUUCUAUGGCACACUCUUUAACUGGAAACAAAGAACACCAUUUGAAGGGAUUUUGAUAGUCUGUUCCAGGAAUCAAACAGUUUUGUUCCAGUGCCUUCAUAAUCUCAUUGGAGCUCUCCCUAUAAAUUGUUUCUUGAGAAAACUAAAAUCAGGAAGUGAGGAUUUCCUAAUUGAUCAUUUGGCAUCAUCUUUGGAGAAGGAAUUGGUUAUCCUUGGUUCUCUUUCUUCUGCCUUAGUUGAGGUUGAAAACAACUUGGUGCAGAGUUGCGAAGCAAGCAAAGAAAAGAGUAGUGGUGUUGUGGCUGCUUUAUCAGACAGAAAGGAAAACAUCCAUCCCUACAGAAAGGAAUUUCAGAGAGAAAAGACGCAAACGUUGGGGACGAACCUAAAACUCUGGCCUGGCCCCCAGUUCUGCAGAGCAGCAGCAAGGAAGAGGAAUAGGCUGCAUUCUGGACCUUCCUGUGCUCUGCUGUCCUGGCCGGCGCCUGACACGGAGACUAGCGGGAUAGAGCAGUCCCUCUGCAUUGGUAGCUGUUGGUACCUCUGUCACAGAAGCACAUCCUAAAUGGAGGUUCGCUAUUUCACAGCUUGUGUGUAUGAGCUUUUUGGAGAUCUUUCUGGAGGCCUCAGCAGUGCCACAUUUCACGAUCAAGGUGAGAAAUGACUUCUUCUGACUUCUUUAACUCCUGGCUUUUGAAUCUUGGGAAGCAGUAUCUAGUAUCUUUUCCCAUACUGAACAGUGGAU